UGCUCUUUGGCCGACGUGGUAGUUCCGCGUAGCAUAGAAUCCAAAUUUAGUCUAGAAAAAUUCGCGGAUGUGCAGUGAUGAGUGUUAAUCGUACUCAGUGCGUGCGGCAGGACCGGUAAUCUACAAAAAGUGUGGAUGUGAUAAUGGGGAGACUCAGUAAGAGUACACCGUCUGUUAGAGUGAAUUAUAGAAAGCUUGUUGAUGAAUAUAGCAGCAGUUGCGACAGUUUGAGAAUAAUGCCAGGUCUCCCGGAUUUCUUUUCGUAUUCAUGUCAUCAGUGUGGACAUAAACAGAAAUUGAAGGCUGAAGAACUGAACUCGAUAGUAGGCAAUGCUUUCAAGAUGGCUUACGCGGCGCAGCUGCAAAAACAGACGAGCUUUCAAGAUGUAAUUGCUUCCCAAAUGGAUCAAACACAACCGGAUAAAGUACUUUGGGCCAAAGAACUAUCAAAUGCUUUCAAAAAAGAUCGCCCUCCCAAUCAGCAGCAGAAAAAUCUCCCCAGUUCCGAUAAAGACGUUCAGCUCACGGCCCAAGAUGCUGCGACUCUUCGCGUGGUUCCACCUACAAAUAUACCAGGACUCAAAACGAACCAACAGCAAAAGUUCAAUGUCCUCGGACCGACAACCGUGGAGAAAAAUAAUUCCCAGCUCUCGACACCCAGCAGUGAUGAGAGUAACUCGCCUACUGAGAUGAACUCGUACAAAAGGAUGUUGGAGAAGCCUACAUUAAUCAAAAGGAUAACUAUGGGGUUGACGGGCAAUAGUACCAAUAGCGAUGAGGAUAGCUGCCCCUUGGUUGGGGAGACUAACACUCCUAGUACCCCGGGCAGUCCGAUGCAUCGAGCUGUUUCGGACGGUUAUGUCAACGAAAAUGAAGAACUGAGGAAUAAAUCAAACAACAAAACAGAUAAUCCACGAAUCUCAGGUGAAGAAUACAAUUCAAAUAGGACCAAACACUUAGAUAUAGACAGAAGCAGUCCACUGAAGAAAAACGAAAAGGACUUGCAAUGCAACCGAAUUUCGCAAAUCAGCUCAAGCAGUUCCAGCUCUGGACAACCUACUGCUCCUGAAGGCCACAUGGGAAGUUUUACCGGAGCCCCAACCUUACCUGAGAGAACCGACUCCCUGAACAACAUAGAACCCGAAGAACUCCGCCAAGCUGGUUGGUUUCAAGCAGGUAUACCUAGGGAAAUAGCUUUGGAGAUACUGUCGAGAGAGCCAGUGGGAGCGUUCAUGGUUAGGGAUAGUACAACGAAACCUGGAUGUUUCGCACUAUCUCUGAGGGUACCGAGGAGUUUUCAACCCACUGGCAUUGCGCAUUAUCUAAUACUAGGAGUGAAUAAAGGCUACAAAAUCAAGGGCUUCACGAAGGAAUUCAGUUCCCUCACUUCUCUGAUCACACACCACUCAGUAAUGCCGGAGCUACUUCCCUGUCCUCUCUCGCUUAGCCGUUAUCAACCUAAUUUCGUAAAAUCGGAAUCAGAAAGAGACUUUGCUGACGUUGACAUUGCACCUGACUACAACACCCUAGUGGACUUCAGAAAAAUGAUGGCUGACUUGAAUGUGUAGUUCCAAAAUUUGCACAUCUAGAAAGAAAAGAAUUAUUGGAGGUUGACGCAGUGAAUCUUUGAAAACAACCAAUCAUACUCUGGCAAACGGAUCAUUAUUGAAGAGUAUGAAACCACUUCUGAUGUAAAAAAGGAUUGACAAGAAAAACCAGAACCCAAUCCACCAAUCCUGUCUACAUCUGGGAAGAUUCAAAUGUACUCAGAAACUACUACUCAGCAGUGAAUAAUAUUGCAGCUGUUUCGCUAUAUUCAAUUGAGCUGCUUGCCGUAUUAUUUUGGUUUGCGUCCGCCUUGAGAAUGAAAAGCUGUGUGUUGAGUAGAAUCAUUCUUUCAACAAUAAGAUUUGCUCAAUCAACCUCCAUAUUCUUCGGUCGUGAUAUACUUUUUGCGUGUAGUGACCUAGUCGUUGAUAUUUAUUUGUGUAACACUAUCGUUUUAUAAAGACGCAAUCGAUUUGUGUACCUUGUGAUACCUCGGGUCCAGGAACUUCUCAAGAAGUGUUGGAAUUCUCCUAUUGUUUAUUAUUCUAUGUACCGGAGCGCAGGACUUGUGAUUUUGAUACUGUUUUCCAAGAAAUAUUUCUAUAAGAUUCUUGUAUAUUACAUGAAUGAUUUGAUAUUAUUUUUGUAGAUAUCGUGUAAGCUGGUAGGGAUCCAUCAUGAUUCACACUUACAAAAAAUAAAAGUCAACUCUCGAACGUGUAUCCUGUAGAGACGUAAUGUGAUAUGCAAGAAUCUAUAAGAAACUCCAAGCAUUUGAUGUAUUAUAUAGAUAUAUCAAUGUCCUACUGUUUUCAUUUUACAUAUGGUUGUUUUACUGUUCAAAGAAAGUGUCGAGCUCGUAAAAUAAUUGUGAACUUCUGUAAAUUAUACAAUAAUUUUUCAGAAAUCACGAAAGUUACAAGACUAUAAUUCCAAUUUGUGAAUAAUCGUUGAACCAUAAUAAAAUAUUUUCCACUAAA